CGACCCGAUCACUCUCGGCAGCGCCGGUGGGGCGCCGGCCGGCUCGGCCAGCUGCCCUCGACUUCUGGGCCGCGCGCGCACACCGCUCCGGCGCGCAAGACCCCGCCGCCGCCGCCGCCAGGACAGACGGUCGGGGGACCAGGGCAGGGCGCGGCAGGAGGAGGAGAAGGACGAGGAGGAGGAGGAGGAGGAGGAGGAGGGGAGGAGGGGUCCCCUCGCGGGGACUGCGCGCGGAGCGCCCUGCCCUGCGGCGGCCCGCGGCGGGCGGGCUGGGGCCAGCGGCGUGCGCCCGUCCUCGUCCUGCGCGUUGAGGUCCGCCCUCGCGUUCGCCAGCAGCUGCGUGGUGACCUCCACGCCGUCCUUCACGGCCCCGUGCAGCGGCGUCUCGCCGUGCUUGUUCCGGGCCUCGAUCGGCGCGCCCCGCUGCAGCAGCAGGCCCGCGAUCUCGACGUAGCCGAAGCGGCACGCCAGGUGCAGCGGCGUGUUCUUCCGCGGCCCGAAGGCCCGCGAGAGGUCCGCCCCGCACUCCACCGCCUCGAACGCGUCCUCGAACAGGCCCGCGCGGGCGGCGUCGUAGAGGGCCUUGUUCGGGUCGCCCACCUCGCGCCUCGCGCCUCGCCGCCUCCCGCCGCGCCAUCAGCUCCUCGAAGUCCGGCUCGGCCUCCGCGGCGCGCGGGGCCCCGCCGGCGCCCGCGGCCUCGG